GUGUCUAUAUUUAUAGCUGUGUGGUAACGAUUUGAUUUGAACGAGUGGCGUGUCCCUGUUUUCUUAGCGCGUGGGGUCGUCUUGUGUGAAUCAUUCAAGCGGGAACGAAACCAAAAGUGACGUCAUUCUGAAAACCAGCUUUCAGUUUUUGGACACAGUAUGCAACCAGGAACCUCAUAAAUAUUAUCCUUCAAAGCUCAGGGCAUCGUAUGGAGAUGGAGCAGGAAACAUAUGCCGACAGUGUGCAGAGACUUUCCAACAACCUGGGACUGUUAUCUGUGCAGCUGCAGGCUCUUCUCAGGGAUGCUGAGGAUCAGAAAUGGGCCUUCAUCCCAGAGACAUGGCAGUUUGAGGACAGGGUUGGGGAACAGGACAUUUACAAUGUCAAGGAUCUCAUCACUGCACCAAGUACACAAAGGCCAGGCAAAACUGAAGCAGACAUACUCUGGGAGUGUGCAGACCUAGCAGUGGAGUGUAAGAGCUACCCUCGUGCUGUUGCUAUCCUGUUCUUGUUGGACAGGUAUGCCUUUUGGCAGGGUACAUCUCCUCGUUUGCUUAAAGCCAUUGAUGACAUCCGUCAAAAUAGUCCAAGCACACCCGUCCCUCCCCAGAUUGUCAUCCGUAAAGCCAGGGUGUUAACAAACGCGGGUGAUCUUCAAGGUGCUGAGAGAGUUCUGGAUGAUGUUCUGAGCCCUGACAAGGAAAAAGGGACUUGGACAUACAGAAGUGACUCUGACAGAGCAAUAGCUCAUUCUGUCUGCAUUCAGAUCAAGGGACAGGUCCAGCUGAAACUUGGACAGUGGUACGAUGCCUCCACCUUGAUUUUGGACUCUAUCAUUGGCUUCAGAAUGCUGCCCAAACCUGACAAGAAGGGGAUCGCCUCCAGUGUGGGAUUGCUGAUGGAUGUGUUCAAAAACAUAUCAUACAGAGACUUCCAGAUUUUGAAGCAGCAGUACACCCUACAAGCAGACAGCCCACUGUUAGAGGCGUACCGAGCAGCUGAGGAGGCUGCUCAUCUGUCAAAGUAUGACCCCCUCUUCUGCGCGAGACAUCGGAGGAGAGCUGGUGAGGUACUCAUCUUAUGUGCUCAGCAGAUACAAGACGAUCAAGAGAAGGAGAAGUUCCUACAGUUAGCAAGGACAAACUUGUCUGAAAGCCUACAUUCCCAUGAAAGUGUGGAGGCCCUGAGGAGCAGAGAACAGUUGUGUGAAUUCAUCUGUGCCUCGUUCCAGUCAUGUCAGGUGCUAGAGAUGACUGGUGCAGUGGAAAAGAGCAACAACCUGACCAAAAUGUGCAUGCACCUGUAUGAAGAGUACUGUGCUGUGGAGACCAACUUGUCUCUCACAUCGUCAAUGAAAAGGAUGAUAGACCUCAUUAUGGAGGUAUUCGAAACAUUACUGUCCACAUCACAACUGCAGGAAACAGUUGGAGGCAACAACACUGAUUUAGCAAAAGAAACAACACUGUCUUAUUCCUUGUCAAUCAACCACAUUGUGCCUAACGACCAUACAACACAAAGGCAGCCAGGUGAAGAAAAUAACCCACAGACAGUUGACGAAAAUGGAAAAAAAUCGGGAACAGUUGACAGUGGGUUUGACACCACUGAGGAUGAAGACAGAACCAGUGACUACAAUAAAUCAACUGUAGAUCCUUCUGCCACAACCAUUGACUUGGACGAAGCAAACUCCGCUGGAAAAAACGUUCCCAAAGACAACAUAUGCUCAUCGUCCACAGUAGAUCCUUCAGCCACUACAGUUGACCAAACAAAGGCAAAAUGGCUACAGCCUCCCACAGAAGUUGACCGGCUAUGUCGAGCUGUUGACAAACAUCACAUUCAAGCUUCCACGGUGGAUCCUUCCAUGACCACACUGGGUUUAACCGUUGACCCUUCAGCAACUACUGUUGAUGUGGCAUACGAAAAAGUAGGGUCAGAUGAAAACAUUGGCGUUGGAAAGGAUGAAACCAGUUUGAGCCAUGUUGGUGACAGCAGACAUGAAAGGAAAAUGUCUGCGGAAGAGCAGAAGAAAUGGAAUGAAAUGUUUGCAGACUUGUCACCAGUCACAAGAGUCCAUAAGGCUUUGCUUCACAAGUAUGACCCAUUCAAUGACAGGUGGGAGUCAGAGAACACCUUGGUGUACCUUGGGGACCCCCUCCUACUUAGUGAUGACAAGAAGGGGAAACAGAGAGAUGCUUUUUUUGUCCAGUACAUCAGCCAGGAGGAGGCUAUGGGCAGAUAUGUUGGAAAGAGAUACAAAAAGGACAAACCGUAUGAACAGUAUCGCCAAGACGUCUGCUGCCAGAUGACUGCCCGCAAGUAUGUCACCGUCUUCAACCACAAGCUGCGGCAUCAGCAGGCCUUUGGCCAGAUCCAGUACCUUCCGGCCGUUACCCUUCAAGUUAACCCUUCCCAACCCGAGAGCUUCACCAUCAACGUGGAGCCGUACAUCGAUGGGGACUUUGUGAAGUUGACCAACAAUCUAAAGUAUAAACACCCUGUCCUGGACAGUGGACUGGCAACUGCGUUCACUCACUUCACUUACGAAGCAUCAGGGCAAAAGUUGAUGAUAGUAGACAUACAGGGCUGGACCACUGUGGACGGGAGGGGGGUGACAUACUUCACAGACCCUCAGAUUCAUUCGGAGGAGAUAAAGAAAUACGGGAGAGGUAACCUAGGUGACCGGGGGGUCCAGGCUUUUUGGAGAGAGCAGCACCCGAGAUGUAAUAAAGUCUGUAGGCUUUUGAAGUUGAAGAGACCACUAAUGACAUCCUGAAAAGUCAAUUCUACCUUCACGGGAAGGGGGGGGGGUGGUGUUUAUAAGAAUAUUUUAUAUACCAAGGUCAGGAAGACCACCUUUGUAUUAUGCUAAGGAAGGCUGACUAUGCUUUGGGCUAAAUUCAUGGGCUUAUGUUAGACUGAUUUUAGCAGUAUUAGUAUCCAGUAUUUGAUUAUCCUGCUGCAUGGGUCCCAAGCACAGGGGUUGGCAGCAGUCUCCUUGUCUUGAAACCAUACUUUUAAGCAGCUCUGUCCAGCCAGGGUACACACUGGCAAGGACGCACAUAUAUAUUGAUGUCCUUCUUAACACACUCCUUCAAAGAUUUCCUUGGUCUACCACAACCUCUGUUGCGUGGCUAGAAUUGAACAGUCUUUUUACAACAGAAAAUUCCUGUACCAUUUUUUAGCCAGAGAAUGAGGUGAAAGUCAGCUCUUACACAGUUACAUAUUUUGUAAUUUCAAUCAAAUCAAGAUAUCGAUAGCGACACAAUGUAAAGUAAUAGAUAAUGGCCCACUCUGCAAAAUCUAUGUGAUCAUUUCCCUUAAAGGCCCGAUUUCCCGAAGGUGAACAGCUGCAGGCCACUUCAGGAUUGAAUUGAUCCAAUCCACCUGUUGGGUGGUUUGGUUUGGUUUGGAUGGAAUGAAAUUGAUAGUUGCAUUUUUUAAGUUUCAGCACCCAAUUCCUAGAGGGUUUCAAUUUCAGGUACGAUUAGAUCUAGUGCAAAUUGAUAACACCAGACACCAGUGUGAACAUGGCUUAAGUGGAUCUGGAACCACCUGCCCACCAUAGUGAUUUCACGUCCUUGAGGCCAUAGGCUGAAGUUAAUUGAUGACCAUCAUCAACUAGUUUUUGUUUUAUGAAUUUGUGUUGAUAUAUCAUUUAGUUGCACUUCAUUUCUGUACUGUAUACAUUUGUAUGUCUAGUUUCAGCAUUGUAAUUCUAUUUUCAUCUGUAGUGUUAUACAUGUAUCCUUAGUCAUGUUAUUGUAAAUGCAUUUAAGGUCACAGUGGUUUGAUGUUUGCAUCUAUUGCACUAAUCUUUUUACCUUGAACUAAGACCACAGAAAUACUUGUUUUGUAUUCUGCUUGCCGGCCAAUUUGUUUCAAUUGCAAACUAAAGAAAACUCAAACACUCUAUUCUUUCUCUACCUAUUAGUAUUAGUAAUUGUAAGAUAACAUUAGAAGAACCGAAUGACAUUCUCCAUUACAGUUAAAGUGGACACAGAUACAUGUAACUUCUCAAAUGCUCUUGAUACAUGUGAGCUGUGGAUAUAUGUGAUGCAUAAACUUUAUAAUUUAAAGAUAAUAACGAAGCUUUAAAGCUACAUGUAUGCUACAUGUAUCUAAAGCUAUUGAAUAUCAAUUGCAAUACAUCUUAGUAUUAUAGUCAACAAUGAUAUUCAAUGAUAUGACAUUCUACAUCAUUUCUAAGUAGAAGAGUAUAGCAUUGAGGGCCAAGUUUGACAAUCUCAUACCUUUGCCAAAUGAUGUUAACUUUUUUGAGUGACAUAUUGCAAAUGCUUGUCAUGGAUUAUAAAAACAAGGUCCACAUUUGCAUACAUUAAAUCAUAUUCUAUACCCAAAUAAACACAUGUUGUUCAAAGUAUGGAAGUUUUGUUUAGGAAAGAAUGGUAUUCUACCUUUUCCUCAUAAAUCAUGAGGCCCUGCUUUGCAUUAUUUAUGCCUAAUACUGUCGCCCUUUACUUUACUUCCUAUUAAAUGCUGCAAGCAUGGAAUUCUCAUCAUU